UCUCAUCAGAGUAGUGUUUCUUUCUUUUGCUCUACCCCAUUUUUCACGAACCUUACACAAGACGACGACGACGACGACGAUCCAAAGUCUGAGUCAACUCACACAUCAGACGACUCUUUCUCUUUAUUAAAAACUUUUUUCAAAGUCCUUUCUUCUUCAUUCUCAUUUAAAACACUUACCCACAGAUGCGUUUUGCUUCCUCUUCUUCUUCUUCUUCAUCUUCUUCAUUGUGCUCUUCAAUGAACACGAGCACGACGACAACGACGACAAAGACCAAAGCUUCUGUCUUUUGAUUCGUGUUUCUAAUGUUCAUCGGAAGAGACAACCCUAGAUUUUGUUUCUGUAUUUUAUAGUGAUUUUACGAAUUUUGGGAGAUUUGUGAUAAUGGGUAGGUUAGUUUUUGCAAUUUUCUUUGGGAAUUGUCUCUGUUUACUUCUACUGUUGAGCUUAGCCGAUGCAAAUCAAGCCAACAUAGAUUGCUUAAGGAUCUUUAAAUCUCAAGUAGAGGAUCCAAAUGGGUACUUAUCAAGUUGGGAUUUUACUAACCAGACUGCAGCUGGCUUUAUCUGCAAGUUCAGUGGUGUGACUUGUUGGCAUGAUGAUGAGAAUAGGGUUUUGAGUAUUAAGCUCUCUGGUUAUGGUCUUAGAGGAGUGUUUCCUCUUGCGGUUAAGAAUUGUUCUGAUUUGACUGGUUUAGAGCUUUCUAAAAACAACUUCUCUGGACCUUUACCAACAAAUCUUACAUCUGUGAUUCCACUUGUUACUACUUUGGACCUCUCUUUCAAUAGUUUCUCUGGUGAAAUCCCUGUUAGUAUCUCAAACAUUUCGUUUCUGAACUCGCUUAUGCUUCAGCAUAAUCAGUUCACUGGUCAGCUUCCUCCGCAGCUAGUGCUGCUUUCCAGGCUUAAAACGUUCUCUGUGGCUGAUAAUCGUCUUGAAGGUCCUAUCCCGAAGCUUAACAGUUCCCAAAUCAACGCGGAGAGUUUUGCUAAUAACUUGAAUUUGUGUGGUAAGCCUCUGGAUGAUUGUAAGAGUUCUGCUGAUUCUCGUACUAAAGUUGUUGUUAUAGCGGCUGUUGGUGGAUUGACUGCGGCAGCGUUAGUCGUUGGGGUUGUUUUGUUCUUCUAUUUCCGUAAAAUGGGUGUUGUUAGGAAGAAGCAGGAUGAUCCUGAAGGUAACAGAUGGGCUAAGAGCUUGAAAGGACAGAAAGGCGUUAAGGUUUUCAUGUUUAAGAACUCGGUUUCGAAGAUGAAAUUAAGCGAUCUUAUGAAAGCAACAGAGGAAUUCAAGAAAGAUAAUAUCAUUGGAACUGGAAGAACAGGGACUAUGUACAAAGGAGUUCUUGAAGACGGGACUCUACUUAUGAUAAAGAGGUUGCAGGAUUCUCAACGUUCUGAGAAAGAGCUUGACUCAGAGAUGAAGACUUUGGGUGCUGUAAAAAACAGAAACUUAGUCCCUCUCUUGGGGUAUUGUAUCGCGAAUAAGGAGAGGCUUCUGAUAUACGAGUACAUGGCAAAUGGUUACCUUUAUGAUCAGUUACAUCCAGUGGAUGAAGAAUCCUUCAAGCCCUUGGAUUGGCCUUCAAGGUUGAAAAUCGCGAUUGGGGCGGCAAAAGGAUUGGCAUGGCUUCAUCACAGCUGCAACCCAAGAAUCAUCCAUCGCAACAUAAGCACGAAAUGCAUAUUGUUGACUGCGGAAUUCGAGCCCAAGAUUUCAGAUUUCGGUCUAGCUAGGCUGAUGAACCCAAUUGAUACCCAUUUAAGCACAUUCGUCAAUGGAGAAUUCGGGGAUUUCGGUUAUGUUGCUCCCGAGUAUUCAAGAACCAUGGUUGCAACUCCCAAAGGAGAUGUCUACAGCUUCGGGGUUGUGCUUUUAGAGCUAGUAACAGGGCAAAAAGCAACGAGUGUGACCAAAGUGUCUGAAGAAGCUGAAGAAGAAAGCUUCAAGGGUAAUCUUGUGGAAUGGAUUACAAAGCUAUCAAGUGAAUCGAAACUGCAGGACGCGGUCGACAGGUCAUUACUUGGAAACGGUGUUGACGAUGAGAUUUUCAAAGUGCUCAAAAUAGGAUGUAAUUGCGUUCUACCUGAAGUACCAAAGCAAAGGCCUACCAUGUUUGAAGUGUAUCAGUUUCUGAGGGCCAUUGGAGAGAGCUACAACUUCACCGUCGAUGAUGAUAUCUUAAUCCCCUCUGAAUCAGGUGAAGGUGAUUUCAUCGAGGAGCUCAUAGUUCGCUGAUGAAGAGGAAGGGUGAGACAUCUUUAGUCGUAGCAGUCCAAAGUUAUAUAUAUAUACAUAAGUAAGUAUUGUUUUCUUUUAUUUUUGGGUUCUCCUUGUUCAUGGUGUGGUUGUAAUGUUAUAUAUUGUUAGGUGCACUCUUAUCAUCACUACUACACUGAGCUUUUGGUGUUGUAGUAUAGUCACUGGUUUGGUUUUGUUUUGCCACUGCGUUGUUUCUUAUUUCUAAAUUUUGAGAGCCAAUACAAGGCGAAAAGAAUCUCGACGUUGA